GUAAAGUAGAACGGGAAACUGUGCAUUUGCUAGCACGGGAGCCCACAGUUCUGCACUUAACUAUAUUUUAGUUUCAUUGAACUCAAUAUUUAUAGUGAUUUCAACAGUUGUUUCCCUGGAUCAAAAUAGAAAAUGAAGACGUUAGAGAAUUACAAAUUCGGAAGUAAAAAAGAAAAAUCAAACUGAAUCAUAAAACAAAGAAAAAAAAAGAAGAGAGGCGAACAACCGGCGAUGGUCACGACUGCCGUCACGGCGGUCGCCGGCGCCGUGCCGCCGCCUCCGAAAGGAAAAGCUGUGACUUCAGCCGCAACACCACCUCCCACCCUCACCAGAAGGCACCUCCUCGUCGCGGGCGCCACCGCCUCCGCCCUCCGCACCGCACCCGCCUCCGCUGCGGCCCCCAAAUUCGCUGAGAUCCCCGGCUCCGGCGGCGUGAAGGCCCUGGACCUUCGGGAGGGUUCCGGUGAGGUCCCGGCCGACGGCGACCAGGUUGCAACCCAUUACUAUGGAAGAUUGGCAGCAAAACAAGGAUGGCGCUUUGAUUCCACGUAUGAUCAUAAGGACGAAACUGGUGAUCCCAUGCCGUUUGUCUUCACCAUUGGAUCUGGAAAAGUUAUACCUGGUAUUGAAGCAGCAGUGAAGUCCAUGAGAGUUGGUGGUCUUCGCCGUGUGAUCAUUCCACCAUCACAGGGAUAUCAGAACACAUCACAAGAACCUAUCCCUCCUAACUUCUUUGAUCGGCAGAGGCUAUUCACUGCGUUCGGCAGGCUGGAGCUGGAGGCUGGAGCUGGAAUGGUGUGAGAGAAAAAUACUGUUGGGCUGGCUGGAGCUGGAGCUGGUGGCGGGAGUGGUGUGAGAGGAAAAUACUGUUGGGCUGGAGCUGAAGCUGGCUGCCGAACGCAGUGAAUUUACUACUAUAUUCAACCCCACACGUCUGGCAAACGGCGAGGGUUCCACUCUCGGUACACUUAUCUUCGACAUCGAUCUAAUCAACAUAAGGCAGCGCUCAUAACUGUUCUGCUUUGUGAGGAUAGAAGACUUAUCAACCCCUCAUUGAAAUCUUUUGGCUCCAUGCUCAUCACUCUUGUGUCUGAAAAAGAAACUCUGUGCAAGAAUUCGAUCUUGCUUUGUGCUUAAUCCCUUCUGUAAUACAUAUGAAACACAGUAAUAUACUGACACACAAUACAAAGAAAAGUCAAGUGAGCGCAACUCUGAAGGUCAGGUUUACACGGUGCACACUGCAGCAUUGGCUUUCACAUCAGCAAAAAGUUGGACUCCAUGAAAAUAACCUAUACUAGUAGUUCACAUCUGACUUGCACUGCAUCCUCCUAUACUUUUUUUCAACAGACUGGUAGUUGCUUUUGAAGAGCAGAAUAUUGGAAGAGAGAUUCCAGUGUAGAACACAUAUUUGUUGGAUACUAUAAUGUAGUCAUAAUUGUUAUCGCUA